AUGCCGUCGUCGUUUUUCAACACGCUCGCGUUCCGCCCGGCGGUCCCCGCUGCCGAGGAUCCGAAUGUGGACAAUAGCACGGCCACCAGCACGGCCGAUGUUGCCUCCGCCGCUAUUGCCACCAGGAAGAGAGCGCUCCGACGCCGAGCACAAAGCGUGGCACCACACCCCAACUCUCACAUACCAAUCGUCAUUGACAGCCGGGGCGACCUGCUCGUCCAGGUGGGCGAGGAGCGACUUGUGAGAACCUUCCAGGUCUCCGCUGGCACCCUCGCGCGCCACUCUGGUGUCUUUGAUGCGAUGCUGUACGGCGGCUUCACCGAGUCCAAGCCCGACAACGCAGCCCAGACCUGGAAGAUCACGCUCCCAGACGACGACCCGGACUGGAUGGAGCAGCUCUUCAUCCUCAUGCACGGCAAGUACCAGUCCUGGAUCUUCCGCACCCACUCGGGACCUCGGGUGAUCGAGCUGGAGCACAUCUACGACUUCCUCGUCGUCGUCGACAAGUACGACUGCAUCGCGCUCGUGGCGCCGUGGGCCCAGUUCUGGUGCGCCUGGUUCGACAAGGUCCCGGCUCACACCCCCACCGCGACGUCGCUGUACUACUUGGCCUGGAUCUACUACCAGCUCGGCCAGACAGCUCGCUACGAGCAUGUGGUCACAGAGUUGAUCUACUCGGUCCAUCCAGAGGCCACAUUCAAGUCCCCCGAGGUCCUCCCGCCUUUUCUCAAUGAGAUCAUUUGCAACACUCGCACAGAGGUGACCAUCCAGCUUCUCGACACCGCGAGGUUCUUUAUCCGCCAGCUCACCCACGAGGAAAAGGUGAUCAAGGACCAGUUCCGCACGCAGCGGCGCGACAAGGACGGCCAGAUCCACGAGGACCACGCCUGCGCCGACCGCAUCCUGGGCACGCUCAUCUCCGUGCUCGCCCAGCACCGCCUAUGGCCGAUCCCCGCGGCCGCGGACGUCGUGAAGGUCAGCCCGCAGAGCGUGUACGCCGCGUUCGAGGCCGUCGUGGCGGCCGCCAGGGGCGACCACUCGCAGUGCGUGGACUGCGGCGCGGACCGCGAGUUCUACGGCAGCGGCGGCGGCGGCGGCGGCGAUGGCGGCGGCCAGGACCCGUCACAGGGCUGGUUCGCUGUUGUGCUGAAGUGCCGCGACAGCUGGAAGUACACCGCGUCCGAGGCUGAGUAUGCGUUCAUGUUUGCGCAGAAGGAGAGGAUGGGCUCGCAGGCUGCCAAGGACAAGCCGCUUCCUGGUGCGGCGAAGACGACGACCGCGUCUGCCAAGAAGAAUUGAAAGGAGAGAGGGGGGCGGGGGGCAGUUUGGGUUAUUCUGAUGGAUUGGAUUGAGCCAAGAUUCAUGUUUCUGUCGGGCAUCAUCAUUUUGCAGC